GCUAGCUUCCCCGACGGAACGGUUCCAACUGGGGGGGACUGUCUGGGUUCCUACUGCGUUCUCCGCCUCGACAAUAGCGGCCCCCCGCGGGACCCACACUGCACAUCCGCCAAAUCCGAUCUGCCCACGGAACGGUGUCUGGGGCUAUGGCCCGGUGCGUCCAUCCUGCAAUUUGACAAUAUGCACCAAUAUGUCAGCAUCUGCCAGGCUUCGCCAGGCCAUGACCCGGACGCUGGUCUGGUUGGAAAAUAGUCCUCCCGGUGGGGCUGGCCGGGAUGCUCUGGUUGCGCUAUUUCCCCGUGUCAAGUACAUCAGUAUCCGAGGGUGGCUCCUGCCCCGUUUCUGUGUCAACCGCCAUACCCUCUACUUGGUCUUGUCUCGCACCCAGCCUGACAGACAUCGGUCUAUAUGCAGUCGCACAUCACUUCCAUACAUCGCAUUAUGUCAUCUCAUCACUACCCUCCACUACCGUGCCAUGGAUAGAGACACCGUCAACGCACAGUUAGUGGCCAUCAGGGCCUGUUUAACAGACCCUGCUGGUGGUCUAACCGUGCCUGUUUUCGAAGACGCGUUGAAAGUGCUCGGUUUUGUCGUCAGCCAAACCAACGGAGAUCACGCCGUGAGACUCUCCUACUCCCAGGCCGAUGUGUGGCUGAUUCUUGCUCUGAUCUUACUGGACUCGGCAUCAUAUUCGUACGACGUCUCCCCUUCACAGCGAGUUUCCCUUGUGCGUUUGCUCAGAGGGAUCUUGUUAGUUGUAAGGAACCUUGCCAUCGAGAACCCACCAUCUGAUGUCCUUAUCCAUUUAUUGACCAGCGCUAUCAAAUUCAAGAACAAUUUUCCUAGAGACCAUGAGUUUUAUGAGAAAACAAUGUUGGUCUACUACCAGGCAGUUGCCAACUUGAUUUUGCUGGGAGGAAGCAAUUUGAACUCGAUAAGAGAAUCCAAGGAUGUCAUUGAAACAUUGAACGAAUUCAUAGAUACAGAUCACCAAUCAUUUUGUGCCCCACUAAUCAUCAUACUUUCCACUGCUCUUAGCAAUGGAGACCAUGCAGAUAUCAAGCAAAAUUUGGCUCUAUUCCACAUCUUGAAGAUUGAAAGUAGCCAGAACAACAUAAUGGCUUUCCUAUUAGGCUAUUUUGGGAAGAUGAACUUCGAGGCCACUUUGGGUCCAUAUGAAGUCAAGCUCGUUGCAUUGUUAUACGACGUUAUAACACACGAGAGCUUUGGAAAGUGGUUGAACAAUCAGAGCGAAAGUACAUUUUUGGACUGGUUGAAACUAGCUCAGCUUCUUAUCACGUCGAAAGAAAAUUGGGACAACUUCCAGCUCCUAGCAUUAUUGUCAUGGAUUCAUGAAUUGUUUGAAGCAUACACUCGAAAGAGUAUUAAGCUAGUGGAAAAUACUAAGAAUGCAACAACGAAUGCUACGAAAAGUGAUCAAUUAACCGUUUUGACAAUGCUUAUCAUUUUGGAUGUCAUUACAGAUUUGGGCAAGUUCCAUCACACAAAAGAAUUUUUGAUCCACUACAAUGUUCUAGAACCUUUGAUAAACCUCUUAAGAUGUAUACAUGAGAACAUUAAACCAGUGACGAUAAAAAAUAGAGGCAAAGUAGUUGAUAUAGAGAAAGAAGAGGGGGUUGCGUCGGAGUCACAUAAAUUUCCUCAAGCAAAAUCAAUCAUUAUAGAGAUAAUCUCAUUGUUAACUCAUGACUCAUUUGAAGUCCAAGAAAAGGUAAGAGAAUUGCACGGCUUGGAGCUCAUCUUAUCCAAUUGUGUUAUAGAUGAGAACAAUCCUUUCAUCAAGGAAAGGUCUAUCAUUUGUCUUAAAUUCUUGUUAGCAAACAAUAAGGAGAAUCAGGCUUUCGUAGCCCAACUAGAAGCAAAGAAGUCAUAUGAUGAUAGUGCGCUUCAGGAAGCAGGUUAUGAAAUCAACGUCGUGGAUGGAAAAGUUGGUGUUAAAAAAUCCGAGAACAAAGAUACUGCCAUAUAGAUCCCAACAACAAUAACUUGAGUAUAAUUUUCAUAUAUUUAGUAUUCCAGUGUUUGGUGCCCAAUAUUUGCACUUAAACUUCUUUUCACUUAUGAUUUACACAUUAGAGGCUUGUUUGGCAAAUAAGAAUAGAAAGUGAAAAAUAUAGUUAGGUAGCAUAUUGAGCACAACAGAUGUAGGAGAAUAGAAAGUGCUCCCUGAAUAGACAUUUACCU